AUGGCGUCGAAAGGGCUUUCUGGAGUUGAGGUUGCGAAGCACAACACCAAGGAGUCUUGCUGGGUUAUUGUGCAUGGAAAAGCCUAUGAUGUGACAGAAUUCCUCCCAGAACACCCCGGUGGACCAAAGAUCAUAUUGAAGUAUGCCGGUAAAGAUGCGACAGAGGAAUACGAACCCAUCCAUCCUCCGGACACUCUGGACAAGUACCUCGAUAAGUCGAAACAUAUGGGCGCCGUAGACAUGAACACUGUAGCCUCGGUUGAGAAGGCUCACGAUCCCGCAGAGGAGGAUCGACAACAGAGGAUCAAGGACAAGCCUGCGCUAGAGCAAUGUUACAAUUUGCUAGACUUUGAGUCCGUGGCUAAGAACACCAUGAAGAAGGGCGCUUGGGGAUAUUAUUCAAGUGCUGCCGACGACGAGAUUACGUUGAGGGAGAAUCACGAGGCAUUCCAUAGGAUAUGGUUCCGGCCCAAGGUCCUAGUUGACGUUAAGGAAGUCGAUUUCUCGACGACCAUGCUGGGUACCAAGGUCGAUAUCCCACUAUACAUAACGGCGACAGCACUGGGCAAGCUUGGCCAUCCUGAGGGUGAAGUAGUGUUGACAAGGGCAGCCAAGAAGGCCAACGUAAUCCAGAUGAUCCCGACUCUGGCGUCAUGUUCAUUCGACGAGAUUAUGGAUGCCGCUGAAGCAGACCAAGUACAAUGGAUGCAGCUUUACGUCAACUCGGACCGAAAGAUCACUCAGCGCAUUGUUGAGCAUGCUGAGAAGCGGGGAUGCAAGGGACUGUUCAUCACAGUCGAUGCGCCUCAACUCGGGAGGAGGGAAAAGGAUAUGCGAUCCAAGUUCGAGGACGCAGGAACCAAUGUCCAGUCGGGUCAGGCAACGGAUAACUCGCAGGGUGCAGCAAGAGCGAUUUCAUCUUUCAUCGACCCUAGUCUUUCGUGGAAAGACAUCGCGUGGUUCAAGUCUAUCACAAAGAUGCCGAUCAUCUUGAAGGGUGUCCAGCGCGUGGAGGAUGUCCUCAAAGCUAUCGAGGUUGGUGCGCAAGGCGUAGUGCUAUCUAACCACGGAGGUCGCCAGCUCGACUUUGCGCGCUCUGCUAUUGAGGUACUCGCUGAAACCACCCCGGUUCUUAGGGAACUGGGCCUCGACAACAAGAUUGAGAUAUACAUUGAUGGUGGUGUCCGGCGCGCCACCGAUAUCAUCAAGGCUUUGUGCCUUGGUGCCAAAGGUGUUGGUAUCGGACGGCCGUUCCUUUACGCCAUGUCGGCAUACGGGCAAGAGGGCGUCGACCGAGCUCUGCAACUACUCAAAGAUGAGAUGGAGAUGAAUAUGCGCCUGAUUGGUUGUACAAGCGUUGACCAGCUGAAUCCGAGCUUGGUCGACACAAGGAAUCUGGGCAGUCAUGUCACGCCGGUGCCGAAGGACAAUCUUGGACACACAGUGUACGAUCCGCUAGUUACUCCGGCAUUCAAGCCGCCGAAGGCCAGGCUAUGA